CCUAUUUUGGUGAUGAUAGCAUCAGUCUAUUUGUAGUGAAGCCCAGAGGGAGGUGAUCUGCCUAUUUUCAGACUUUAAACAAGGCUGCUCUGUUUUCUUGUAGUCCCACAGAUGAGCCCAAUCCUUUUGGAUGACUUCAAACAACCUGACUGACGUUUGUACUGUAACCAACAUGGAUGCACAGAACCGAAGAAUUCCAGCUUUAAUUCCUGAGAAUGAAGAACUCAUAGAGGUGCAGAUAAACGGGGUCCAGGACAGGCAGAACGGUGGAGAAGCCGAAGUGCCUCUCUCCAAAUCUCAGAGAAGACGCAGUGAUGUGAAGGUCUAUAAGGAGUUUUGUGACUUCUAUGCUCGAUUUAACAUGGCAAAUGCCCUUGCUAAUGCUAGUUGUGAACUUUGCAAAGCCGGCUUCACUGCUGCUGAAAAAAUUGUAAACAGUAAUGGGGAGUUGUACCAUGAGCAGUGCUUCGUGUGCGCACAGUGUUUCCAGCAAUUUUCAGAAGGGUUAUAUUAUGAGUUUGACGACCGAAAAUACUGUGAGCAUGAUUUCCACAUGCUCUUUGCUCCUUGUUGUAAUCAGUGUGGAGAGUUCAUCAUUGGUCGUGUCAUUAAGGCCAUGAACAACAGUUGGCACCCAGAGUGUUUUUGCUGUGAUAUCUGCCACACUGUGCUGGCUGAUGUUGGCUUUGCAAAGAGCGCAAGCAGACACCUGUGUCGUCCAUGCCACAUCCGUGAGAGAGCUUGUGGCUUUGGCAAGUAUAUUUGCCAGAAGUGUCACACCAUCAUCGAUGAACAGCCGCUCAUCUAUAGGAAUGAUCCCUACCACCCUGAUCACUUCAACUGCAGCAACUGUGGUAAGGAACUCACUGCGGAUGCCAGGGAGCUAAAGAAUGAGCUGUAUUGCUUGCCAUGCCAUGACAAGAUGGGUGUGCCAAUCUGUGGGGCAUGCAGAAGGCCGAUAGAGGGCAGAGUGGUGAACGCAGUGGGAAAGCAAUGGCACAUUGAGCAUUUUGUGUGUGCCAAGUGUGAAAAACCUUUCUUGGGUCAUCAGCAUUAUGAACGUAAAGGCCUGGCAUAUUGUGAGACUCACUACAAUAUGCUCUUUGGAGAUGUCUGUCACCACUGCAAUCAUGUCAUUGAGGGAGAAGUCAUUUCAGCACUGAAUAAAGCCUGGUGCAUCAACUGCUUUGCUUGUUCCACCUGCAGUUCAAAGCUGACCCUGAAGGACAAGUUUGUGGAGCUCGAUCUGAAGCCCGUAUGCAAACAGUGCUAUGAGAGGAUGCCAACUCAACUGAAGUACCGUCUAGCUAAGCGUGAACAUGAAUCCAAAGACAGACGAAAGAAGAUGGGUAUCUGUCUGUGAAGUUCUCCAUUUAACUGGUUAUUUUCUUUUUCCUUUCACAUCAUUUAUAUUGAUUUCAAGAUUUCUAAUCCUUUUAAAAAGUGAAUCAUUAUCCAUUAACAUGCAAACAAAAAACUUUUCUUUUUUUAGGCAUAGUGAAAUCCUCAUAUGGAAGUGUACCAAGUGUGGAUAUUUAUGCAAUCUCAAGAACUUCAUUUUUCCCAGGUCUAAUUUGUGUACAUGUUCCUGCUGAAACUUAUAUCUGAAAAGUGCAGUUGCAUGAAUAAGUGGGAGUAUUUUUAGUGUUCUGCUAUAUAACCUUUGACAUGUAUGCACCAUAUAAUCCCAGGCACCAUAAUGAUACAGUAUUUCUUGUAAAAAAAAAAAAAAAAAAAAAAAAAAAAUUGUGAUGUAAAAAAUUUAACCAAGAUUUAGUGAAAAGGGAGAGAGAAAAAAUGACAGUAACCUGAUGGCACAUUGAUGUUUAGAAGCUUUAACACAGCCAUGUAGAUCUUUUAUAUCCACUAUUGCAGGUUUCUAAAUGGAAAUAAAAUGUUAAAAAACCCAAAGCACCAUUUCAAAAUUAUUAUAUUUUUCAUUCAGAUCUUCCUUAUACAUAUUUUAAUUAAAUGGAUUUCAUAUAAACUUUCAUUGCUGAAAAACAAGUUUGCCUACAAAUAUUGUGGACUUGGACAUAAUGUGUUUUGUGAGUGAAAAUUUAAGGAACAAAGCGCUGGAAUAUUAAUGUACACAUUUAUAUAAUGAGUCUAACAUUAGAAAAGUUGGAUUAUGUGUCCGGGGAUAAUGCUGAGUGAAAACACAUUUAAGAAUUAAAUACACAUUGUGAUGCAACCACCUUGUUUU